ACGGGUACGGUCGCCUAGAGCGUCGGUACCCCCUGGUCGGCUAAAGCGAGGGGCUUGCUAUGGAAUCCCACGCGGCUGAAUUCUUGACUAGAAAAUGGGAACGCUCUUUAGAAAGUUACAGGCUGCUCUUCAAAGACUAGAUUCCGAAGGGAAAUUAUGCGGUUUUAUUAGGCUUUCAGGUUUGUAUGUUUGUUGGAAUCAUGCACGCCCCUCCCUCCUGUGAAAUAAUCUGGGAAGGAGUCUGUUGAACAAGAAAAAUACAGAGGUGUAGCCAGAAAUGACGCCCCCACUAGCUGCAAAGGAGAUGCGGUUGUCGGUGAUUGUGCUUGCUUUCCAGCUGUACCCUGGCAAGUAGAUCAGAUCCUUUCUGCAGUGAUUUCACCUUCUACCCCCAACACCAUCCUGUCCAUAUCCCUAAUUUGUGGGUUUUCAGGAAGAGCCUAGCAGAUGGCUGCAUUAAAUUCAAGUGGUGGUGUCGGAUUUACCUUUGAGCUAGAACUUACUUGAAAUCACAUCAUCCUGCAUUGGCAGAAGCCCGGAUGGCCUCACAUAGCACCGGAGUGCAUCUUGCAAAAUCUGAAGCCAGGUCUGAAAAAGAUGCUUGAGUUUAUCUCGCCCUUCCUCAUUUUACAGAUGAGAAAAAUGAGACCACAAAAGAUUUGCCCAGGGUGUCAGUCCAUUGCCAUCAAAACUGGAACCUAGAACACAGACUCUUUAACAUCAGCCUUUUAUAAUCAUGAGGGUCCAGGGUUUAGAGUGAUUGCUAGCAUAUGUCCUACACAAAGACAGGAUAAGCCCACAGUUUCCCUGAAAUAUCACUGCACUGACUUGCUAACUCAGUCCUGGGAUAUGAUAUAGAUAAAAAUGUGUUUUGUCAUUCAGUACUUGUGGCUUUAACCACUGUCAUUGCAAGCACUAUUUAGCUAAGUCAAACUGGGCUUAAGACAUAAUGAAAACCUAUUGUUAAUGCAGCACGUUUCUAGGAUCUGACAAAACUGUUGAAGAUGGUUAAAAUAGCCCAGCCUCUUAGGAGCACAUACUCUAACAAAAGAUUUGAAUAACUUCAGGGUUUAAAAAAGAGAGAGAGAGAGAGAGUUCAGUAAUUUCUGUGCAACUUGAAGCGUUUCAACCAACUAGAGUUAGAAAUAAGCGACUUUCCACUUUGUAGUAUUACAAAUCUGUAAUCACAACACUCAAAGACUGGGGCAGGAGGAUUGUGAAUUUGAAGCAUGGCAACAUAACAAGUUAGACAACAUAAUGAGAUGCUGGAGGGCAGAGAGGAGGAGAUGGUAAGAAAUGCGUGUCUUCCUCCCAGGAGACACAGAACUGUCAAGAACCCUUUCUCCCUAUUUGUGCUAUUAGAUAGAAAUCGACAGACAGUCAGAGUGGAGUUCUUGGCUCAGGCAGAUGAGCUAACUCAAGAGUGGGCAGUUACAAGGGGCUUUGGAGAAUACAAAGCAGCUGGUGAGCUGGGAUAGAGAUGCCGUGUAAGAGAACAGAAUAGAAACAGUAGACAGAGUGCAGAUGAAACAUAAGUCCCAGAGGGCCCUAGCCAGCUGCAUCUCAGGCAAUCUGGAGCCCGGGAUUGGAGACCCCACCCCUGGUGUGACAUCACAGGGGAGUGGAGUGAAGAUGAAUAAAAAGGUGGUCCACCGCCCUGGCCCUGGACUGUUGGCUUCUAGAGUGUCAAGAGGAGAGACGAGGCACUGGGCUACAGUUGCCUGGCUUAUAGGAACUGGCUCUUUUCCUCAAGCCCCAUUAAGCAGCCCACUCCAGUUCUUGAUCUCUGUCUCCCAGUCCCGAGGUCUUUUCUCUCCUUGGGCUGCAUCCACAGCCUUUCUGGGUGGCUGUGAGCACUUUCUCAGUAUGAACUGUAUAUCAGACUUCUUCACCUACGAGACUACCAAGUCGGUGGUUGUGAAAAGCUGGACCAUUGGGAUCAUCAACCGAGCCGUUCAGCUGCUGAUUAUCUCCUACUUUGUGGGGUGGGUUUUCUUGCACGAGAAGGCCUACCAAGUGCGGGACACGGCCAUUGAGUCCUCAGUAGUAACAAAGGUAAAAGGCUUCGGACGCUAUGCCAACAGAGUCAUGGAUGUGUCGGAUUAUGUGACCCCACCCCAGGGCACUUCUGUCUUUGUCAUCAUCACCAAAAUGAUUGUUACUGAAAAUCAAAUGCAAGGAUUCUGUCCAGAGAAUGAGGAGAAGUACCGCUGUGUGUCUGACAGCCAGUGUGGGCCUGAGCGCUUCCCGGGUGGGGGGAUCCUCACUGGCCGCUGUGUGAACUACAGCUCUGUCCGUCGGACCUGUGAGAUCCAGGGAUGGUGCCCCACCGAGGUGGACACCGUGGAGAUGCCUAUCAUGAUGGAAGCCGAGAACUUCACCAUUUUCAUCAAGAACAGCAUCCGUUUCCCUCUCUUCAACUUUGAGAAGGGAAACCUCCUGCCUAACCUCACCGACAAGGACAUAAAGAAGUGCCGCUUCCACCCUGAAAAGGCCCCAUUUUGCCCCAUCUUGAGGGUAGGGGACGUGGUUAAGUUUGCUGGGCAGGAUUUUGCCAAGCUGGCCCGCACGGGUGGAGUUCUGGGCAUUAAGAUCGGCUGGGUGUGUGAUCUGGACAAGGCCUGGGACCAGUGCAUCCCCAAAUAUUCCUUCACGAGGCUGGAUGGAGUUUCUGAGAAAAGCAGUGUUUCCCCUGGCUACAACUUCAGGUUUGCCAAAUACUACAAGAUGGAGAAUGGCAGCGAGUACCGCACGCUCCUGAAGGCUUUUGGCAUCCGUUUUGAUGUGCUGGUAUACGGGAAUGCUGGCAAGUUCAACAUCAUUCCCACCAUCAUCAGCUCGGUGGCUGCCUUCACUUCCGUGGGAGUGGGGACUGUUCUCUGUGACAUCAUCCUGCUCAAUUUCCUCAAAGGGGCUGAUCACUACAAAGCCAGGAAGUUUGAGGAGGUGACCGAGACAACACUGAAGGGUACUGCUUCAGCCAACCCAGUGUUCACCAGUGAUCAGGCCACUGUAGAGAAGCAGUCCACAGACUCGGGAGCCUAUUCUAUUGGUCACUAGGGCCUCUUCCCAGGGUGCCAUGCUUAUCCUAGGGCUGCAGAACCUUCAACAGGCCACUCUAUCUCAACAGACAGAGGUGGGAGGGGGAGAAGAGGGGCUCUUAUUUCUGAUGUUCACCCCAAAGACCAGGUAUCUAGGCCCUCACUGUUCAGCAGACAGGCAGUGCUUCCCGCUAAGACCUGAAUCUUGCCUUUACCCCUUGCAUGCCUCCCAUCUGCUUCCCUGGGUCCCAAGCAUCCAUCCAUUUCCAAAGGAUAGAGAAAAUGGUAGCUAAGGUUACAUCCAUAGAACCUACCACAUACCAGGGACUCCCAUACACAUUAUCUCUUUGCACCCUUAAAAUAAUCCUAUAAGGUAGAUUUCUGGGGGGUGGGGUUGUGGGGGUGUUUUUGUUUUUGUUGUGUUUUUAAGAGAAGGAGGAAUGAA